CAGGCCACUGACCCGCUGGAGGCCAGCAAGCCGCGGCAGAUUCUCGGGGUCUGUCCUAGCAGAUGAGCCGCGGGGCUCGGCUCUGCAGGAGAGUCUAAGGGAUAGGCAUCCUGGGGCUCAGGCUGUGCAGCUAGGCUCCAGGUCCUCAGCCACCCACGGGCGUCGGCGAAGGCCUGCCUCCCCGGCCGGGGACCAGCAGGUGGCGUGCCGCUGGAGGGGGUUCCCCAGGGACCCGCCGGAGCCUCACAGCCGGCCAAAGACUCCCAGGAGGCAGGACGGGGAGAGCACUGGCGAAGGCCAGCUGCAGCGCCCUCGGAAGGACGGCCUCGACUGCACCCGUCCUAAGUCCGGAUACCUGGACGACCGGCGCCCCGAUGACGCAGAUACAGGCGGAACGCGCCCUGUCACCGCACCCUGCGCCUCUGCUGCGGACCUCAGGGUCCCAGAGUAUCGUCUCCAAAUGGGGAACAAAGGGUUAAAGCCCGGCUCGCUGCUCCUAACCGAAGCCGAACAGCGUGAAUGCAUCUCAGUCCACGUGGGGCAAGCAGGUGUCCAGAUGGGCAAUGCCUGCUGGGAGCUCUACUGUCUGGAACAUGGGAUUCAGCCUGAUGGGCAGAUGCCCAGUGACAAGACCAUUGGUGGAGGGGAUGACUCCUUCACCACCUUCUUCUGUGAAACUGGUGCUGGAAAACAUGUGCCCCGAGCAGUUUUUGUGGAUCUGGAGCCUACUGUAAUUGAUGAGAUCCGAAAUGGCCCAUACCGACAGCUCUUCCACCCAGAGCAGCUCAUCACUGGGAAAGAGGAUGCUGCUAACAACUAUGCACGUGGUCACUAUACCAUUGGCAAGGAGAUCAUUGACCCGGUACUGGACCGGAUCCGCAAGCUGUCUGAUCAGUGCACAGGACUUCAGGGCUUCCUGGUGUUCCACAGUUUUGGAGGGGGCACCGGCUCUGGCUUCACCUCACUCCUCAUGGAGCGGCUCUCUGUUGACUAUGGCAAGAAAUCCAAGCUGGAGUUCUCCAUCUACCCAGCCCCCCAGGUCUCCACAGCCGUGGUCGAGCCCUAUAACUCCAUCCUGACCACCCACACGACCCUGGAACAUUCUGACUGUGCCUUCAUGGUGGACAACGAAGCCAUCUAUGACAUCUGCCGCCGCAACCUGGACAUCGAGCGCCCAACCUACACCAACCUCAACCGCCUCAUCAGCCAGAUCGUGUCCUCCAUCACGGCAUCCCUGCGCUUCGACGGGGCCCUCAACGUGGACCUGACAGAGUUCCAGACCAACCUGGUGCCCUACCCCCGCAUCCACUUCCCCCUGGCCACCUAUGCGCCCGUCAUCUCUGCAGAGAAGGCGUACCAUGAGCAGCUGUCGGUGGCAGAGAUCACCAAUGCCUGCUUCGAGCCGGCCAAUCAGAUGGUCAAGUGUGACCCUCGCCAUGGCAAGUACAUGGCCUGCUGCCUGCUGUACCGUGGAGACGUGGUGCCCAAAGAUGUCAACGCCGCCAUCGCCGCCAUCAAGACCAAGCGCAGCAUUCAGUUUGUGGACUGGUGCCCCACAGGCUUCAAGGUUGGUAUCAACUACCAGCCGCCUACUGUGGUGCCUGGGGGUGACCUGGCCAAGGUGCAGCGUGCCGUGUGCAUGCUGAGCAACACCACUGCCAUUGCCGAGGCCUGGGCCCGCCUGGACCACAAGUUCGACCUGAUGUAUGCCAAGAGAGCGUUUGUGCACUGGUAUGUGGGUGAAGGCAUGGAGGAGGGGGAGUUCUCCGAGGCCCGGGAGGAUAUGGCCGCCCUGGAAAAGGAUUACGAGGAAGUGGGCAUCGACUCCUAUGAGGAUGAGGAUGAGGGAGAAGAAUAAAAUAGCUGCCUGGAGACUCUCCACUAUGUUUAUUGCAAAAGCCUUUCGAAAUAAACAGUCUCCUUGCACAGUU